AUGGAACUGGCGAAUCAGUUUGUGACUGCAGAAACGAACAAAACUGCAGCAAUUGUAGUCAAACUGAUAGAACCUCUUCUUGGUCGUGGACACACAGUGUGGAUGGACAAAUUUUAUAAUUCACCAGAUCUGGCUCGGUUCAUAAAGUCCAAAAGAACAGACUGUGUUGGAACUUUACGGGCUAGCUGGAAAAAUGUCCCUCCUGCAGUGAAGAAUAAGAAAUUGAAGAAAGGAGAGCACUGUGGUCAACACUCUGGUGAUGUGGCAGUUCUCGCGUGGCAAGAUAAGAGGCGAGUCACCAUGUUAUCAACAUACCACAAAGAUGAUAUGCGUGUGACUAUAAACAAAGCCAACCGAGAAGAGAUAAAGCCUCUGGUAGUUCGUGACUACAAUAAACACAUGCUGGGAGUUGAUCUGAAAGAUCAGAUGCUCCAGGCGUACUUACUGGAACGAAAGAAGGAAACAAAGUGGUACAUGAAACUAUUCAAGAGACUACUCAAUGUAGCAAUACAUAAUGCAAUGGUCAUGUAUCGCUGCGUCCCACAAAACAAAACCUUAGACACCCUAAGAUUCCGAAUUCUGUUAGCGCAAGGCCUCGUUGAAAAACACGGUCCUGGUGUUCCGCGCCCUUCAUCCGGCCGUCCGUCACUUGAUCCGCCACCUAAAAGACUCUCAGAACGCCAUUUCCAAGAACGUAUUCCUGCCACAGGAAAAAAGGCAAAGCCCCAAAAAAGAUGUGUGGUGUGCAGGAAACGCGGUAAAAGGAAAGACACUGUUUAUUGGUGUGGUGAGUGUGAGGUAGGGUUGUGCAUGGUUGGAUGCUUCAAGGACUUCCAUACGAAGCUCAACUUCUGA